AUGAAAGAUGCAGAUAUUUUGGACCAGUAUGAAAUGAACAUGGCUGAUGGAAAUAUAACACCUGACGUUCUAGAACAUUUAUCUCAAAGAACUACACAGAACCAUAAAGAUGGUAUAUUUGGUGAAGAGUUUAGAAAGAAAGUUAGGGAGAGAGAAGGAAGAGAACCUAUUGUACAUGACCUUGCAAACGAAAGUUUACAAAAUGUCAUAAAAACUUACUUUGCAGACGAUGAAUCGAGAAGGGAUGAAUAUUUAAGAAAACUCAAAUGGACAGUACCAAAUGAAAUGUUAGUAUUGAAAAACAUGUUCCUUGACAAAAUAAAACCAACUACAGAAAUAAACGACGCAAGACUGAAAGAUUGGGUAAAAGCUUUCCCAUUCACAAAAGAUAUAGUUGGUAACAUGGAAAGAAAACCAGAAUGGCUACAAAAACAUAUAUUUGGAAACGAGCUUAUUCCAUAUGGACAGGCACUGUUUGAAGCGCUUGAACCGGAAACUCAGGAAAGAGUCAUGCAAACAAUACGCGAAGACUCAAAUACAGACUAUGACAAACUCUUUCUAGGAUAUAGGUUACCUGAGAUGGGCGACCAGAGCCAAAAGGCAAAAAGGACAUGGGAAAUUUGCAACAUACUAGAUGAACAUAAUGCAAAGAUGCAACAACUUCAAGCAGAGGGCAAUGAAGGAAAAAGAAGAGUUAAAAACUCAGUCAGGAAGAAAGUAAAGCUUGGUCGGAGUGGGUUCUAUUAUGACAUAUAA